AUGAUUAAAUUUAUAAUAGGAAUAAUAUUUUAUUAUUUAUUGUAUUGUUUUUAUGGGCUAUAUGAACAUAUAAGAACGCCAAUAUAUUAUAAUUCAGAAACUAAAAAUAAAUAUAUAAGUAAUAAAAAUGGGGAUACGUCAAGUCAAGGUUAUAUACAUGAACCAUUCAAAAAUGAAAUACAGAAAAAUGAUAGAUUAGAUUACCAUUUUUAUUUAUCAUUGAUAGAACAUAUUGAUUUAAAUAAAUAUAUAAAUGGAAAAUAUAUUAACAAAGAUAAAAAUUUUAUCAAUAUAUAUAAUUUUAGAAAUGUUAAAUAUAAUUGGGAUGAUGUGCAAGUGGAAAAAAAUGAUAUAAAUAUAGUAAAGCAAAAGAUAAAAAAAAAUAAAACACCAAAUAAUAAUAACUAUUUUAGCAAUAUAUGGCCAUUUUCUUUAAAUAAAAAAUAUCCAUAUGUUGAUAUAGUAUUACCUAAAACAUUAAUUAAUAAAAAUCAAAAUAUUUAUUUACACAUUAUAACAUAUUUAAAUGGGAAGUUAUAUAGACAUGGGUGUGUUACCAAAUUGAUAGCAACAUUUAAAGAAUUUCAAUAUAAUUAUACCACUAAAAUAAAAAAAAAAAAAAAAAAAAAAUGGUAUUUGUGGAAAUGGCUAGUUGGUGAUGAUAAAAAAGAAGAAGAAAUCGAAAUUGAAGAUAAAAAAAAAUAUAAUAAAUUAUUAUUGCAUAUUCCUAAGAAAAUAAAAUUUGGACCUAUAAUAGAAUAUAAUGAUAUAAAUAUCAAUAAACUUAGUAUUUUUUCAAAUAUUGUUUUAGAUAUAUCAAUGCAUAAAUAUUUUCUUCCAACACAUUUUAAUGAUGAUAUCGAAUUUAGUAAUGAAUAUAUAAUUGUAAAUAAUUCUAAAACUAGUCAAGAAAAAAAUAACAAUUUAUUAUUAAAUAGUAUUAGAGUAGAAUAUGAACCAAUAAGUUAUAGCCAUUAUAAUUUACUUAAUAUAAUAAUGUUUAAUAUAAAAUAUUUAAAAAAAAAAUAUAACAUGAUUUCUUAUGAUAUUGAUAGUUUGUCUAUAUAUUUAUUUGAAAAUAUUUCCAUAUAUAUUUAUAUAAUUUGUAUUAUUAUUAUUAUAAUAAUAGUUAUAAUAAAUAUAAUAGUUUUAUUUUUAUAUGAUAUAAAAAGUUGGAAUGUUUUAAUUUCAUUAUAUUUAUUUUUUCCUGAUACAAUAUUAUUGAAAAUUAUAUCGUCUGUCUUUAUUUUAUUAUAUUUAAAUAAUAAUAAUGAAAAUAAUAAUAGCAAAAUAAUUAUGAUAUUUUAUUUGAUAGAUAUUGGAAUUUGUUUAUGGAAUUUUAUCAGAAAAUAUGAAAUUCAAAUAGGGCAAGAUUAUCCCUACGUAAUUAUUAACGAGAGUAAUAUUAACGAGAAUAAUAUUAACGAGAGUAAUACAAUAAAGAAAAAAGAUAGCGUAUUUAAAAGUAUCGAAAUAAUUAUAAAAAACAAAAUUCAAAACAUUACAAUUUUAAUUAUUCCUUUAUUAUUUGUAUAUAAUAUAUUAUAUAAAAAAUAUGAUUCUUUUUAUUUGUUUUUUAUAUUAACAAUUGGAGAGUGUUCAUAUAUUUUUAAUUUUAUGUUAAUGUGUCAAAACAUUAUAGCAAAUUAUUUGACAAAAACAGUCCCAAAUUUCCCACUUAUUUAUAUUUUUCCAUUAUUUUUAAAUGUGAUAACAGAUGAUAUAUUUGCACUCUUGUUUCGCAUUCCCACUAUACACAAAUUUAAUGCCUUUGCAGAUGAUUUUGUUUUUUUUGUUUUUUGUGUGCAAUUAUGUUUGUAUAAAAAAGUGGCAAAAAAAAAUGCAGUUAUGGAAAAGGAAUCCAAAAAGGAUAAAUGA